AUGGCCGAGUAUCUCAAUGUCAGCUCCAUAAAGAGUGCUGCAGAAUUGCUCAAUUCAACUCUUGUUGCGAAAGGAUUUGUCACUGAGGAGCUAAUGUUCCCCACAAUAAACUGGGAACAAUUGACGCUGGAUCAGCCUGAAAAGGAGAAAUUGGCCAAUUUAUCGGUCAAACCAAUCCUAUACAACAACGACAAAAAUGUCAUAAAUCUUUUGUACUCAUUGACGCAGUCUCUAGAUAGAUAUACUCUCCAACAUCGUCAAUUAAGGGAUACGAUAGAUCAACGAGAUAAAUCUCUCGAGCAGAUGAAACAAAAAAUUGCUCAUCUCGAAACUUUGGUGCAAACAAGUGAAUAUAAAUUGAACAGAAAGGUGCACGUUGAUCAGGUAACUCUAGAAGCUAGAAGUAAAAGAUUGGCUCGCGAGAAUCGGGCACAGCUGUACGAAAUAACACGGCUAAAGAGCUGGAAUAGCGAUUUGCAGGCCAAAUUCGAUGUGGAACUCCGUAAGAAAUCUUUCGAAAUCUCAUUGUUGAAGGACAAGCUCCUCGAUACCAGAAAUCUAUCGACCACAAUUACUUACGGGAAACCUUUUCAUGGCAUUCGAGAACCUGCGGGCGGGGCUCCUAAUGUAAACACAAAUUUGAUAUAUGACAACAAACCGAUUAUUAUCUCGGAGACACAGCUGGAGUUGAGUCCGGAUAGGUCUUUGGAAGGAGUACUUCAGGAAGAGAAAGAAAACAUGGCAGCACAACUAUCUGAAUUAGUAGAGAGUCUUGUCCGCGAAAACGGAAAGUUUGUAUUGUUUUGUCGCGAAUUGACCAAAUACUUCAGCACGCUUAAUAAUGACUUGGCGGAUCUGGCAGUGAAGAAUAUCUUCUCGAACAGCAUUCCCGACCCGCUGAAAAUAAUGGACAUGAGCAAAGUCUCUGAGGGAAUGGUGAGUGAGGUCGAUCCAUUUGAGACUGUUACUGCACCGCUUCUUGCCCGCAUGUAUGAGAACUACGAGAACAUCCUAACGAUAGUUAGCAUAUUAGAGAAUCCUCUUGCGAAACCGAAGUCCGCACUUUUUGAUGAGGAUAGAGAUGAGUUGGAUCGCCUUCGAACAGAAAACAUCAAUCUAAGAGAUAAUUUGAAGGAGGCAAUGCGUACCUUGGACGAUUGGAAAGACUACAAAUUGAAUCGACAAAAAUAG